AUGGCGAGUGAAAAGUCCUCCUCGUCCUUGCUUCAGGUCGGCCCGCGGACUCGCGCCCUCAGCUCUGCCGAUACAGUCACCUCUGCCUCGUCGAAUCCCCUCCUCACCCCGACCGUGGCCACCAGCCGGACGGCCAGCAUCAGUGAUGAGCUCUCCGCGGCCCUGCGGCCAGAUCCCGGCACCGAGGAGCACUUCUGCGUGGAAAAUAACCCGUUUGCCUUUUCUCCAGGCCAGCUGAACAAGCUCUUGGAUCCCAAGUCCCUGGCCGCCUUCCAAGCCCUCGGCGGUCUGCGCGGCAUCGCAAAGGGCUUGCAGACAGACACAGCCAGCGGCCUCAAUGCCGACGAGACAUCUGUCCCGAGGGCCAUCUAUUUUGACGAAGCCGUCCGCGCGUCAGCUCUGAGCAGCAUCUGCGAGGACAAGUCUGCGCCGAACCCUCACCAUUCAUCUGAGGCCUUCACCGACCGCAUCCGCGUGUACAAGCGCAAUGUCCUCCCUGCAAAGAAGCCGGCUCCCCUGUGGAAGCUGAUGUGGAAUGCGUACAACGACAAGGUCCUCAUCUUGCUGACCGUGGCGGCCGUCAUCUCCCUCGCCCUGGGCUUAUACGAAACAUUUGGUGUGCACAAGCAGCCUGGUGCGCCGCCACCAGUAGAUUGGGUGGAAGGCGUCGCCAUCUGCGUUGCCGUCAUCGUCGUCACGGCCGUUACCUCUCUCAAUGAUUGGCAGAAGGAAAAGGCGUUUGUGAAGCUGAAUGCCAAGAAGGAGGACCGCGAGAUCAAAGUCAUACGCUCGGGGAAAUCAUUCAUGAUCAACGUCCACGACAUCCUGGUCGGCGACGUGCUGCACCUGGAACCUGGUGACUUGGUUCCGGUCGAUGGAAUCUUCAUCGACGGCCACGACGUCAAGUGUGACGAGUCUUCUGCGACUGGUGAGUCUGAUGCGCUCAAGAAGACGGGCGGCGACCACGUCAUGAGGGCCUUGGAAGCCGGCCUCAACCCUAGAAAGUUGGAUCCUUUCAUCGUCUCCGGCGCAAAAGUCCUUGAAGGCAUGGGCACGUUUGUUUGCACCUCGGUCGGUGUAAACUCGUCCUUUGGCAAGAUCAUGAUGUCCGUCCGCACCGAGGUUGAGGACACCCCCCUACAAAAGAAACUCGAAGGCCUCGCCUUGGCCAUCGCCAAGCUCGGCAGCGCCGCCGCCGCCCUCCUCUUCUUCAUUUUGCUCGUCCGCUUCCUCAUCAACCUUCCCUACGACGAUCGCUCCUCUGCCGUGAAGGCCUCUGCAUUCAUGGACAUUCUCAUCGUGGCCAUCACCAUCAUAGUGGUGGCUGUUCCCGAGGGCUUGCCCCUGGCCGUCACGCUCGCACUUGCAUUUGCAACGACGAGACUCCUCAAGGAGAAUAACCUGGUGCGAAUGCUACGUGCCUGCGAGACCAUGGGCAAUGCCACGACGAUUUGUUCUGACAAGACGGGUACUUUGACGACCAACAAAAUGACCGUCGUGGCCGGUACUUUCGGCACAACCAGCUUCUCCAAGUCAGAGACGGAGGCUGUUUCCCAAUGGGCAUCCCAGCUUCCUCCUGACACCAAGUCCCUGCUUACGCAAUCCGUUGCCGUCAACUCGACCGCCUUUGAAGGCGAAGAAGACGGCCAGCCCGGCUUCAUCGGGUCCAAGACGGAAACCGCUCUCCUCCAGCUCGCGAGGGAUCAUCUUGGCCUGCAGUCUCUGGCCGAGACACGUGCCAACGAGACGGUUGUGCACAUGUUCCCCUUUGACUCGGGCAAGAAGUGCAUGGGCUCCGUGGUGCGUCUCCAAGACGGCUCCGGAUACCGCCUCCUGGUAAAGGGUGCCUCGGAGAUCCUCCUCGGAUACUGCUCUGCCAUUGCCGAUGCGCAAUCCCUCACGGAAGACGACCUCACAGCCGCCAAGAGACGCCAACUUCUCUCCACCAUUGAGCGGUACGCAAGCAACUCCCUCCGAACCAUCGGUCUCGUCUACAAAGACUACGAAUCGUGGCCCCCGGCGCACGCCGAAAUAGCAGACGGCCAUGCAAGAUUCGCUUCCCUCCUUUGCGACCUCGUGUUCCUCGGCGUGGUAGGCAUCCAGGAUCCCGUCCGUCCAGGCGUGCCCGAGGCUGUGCGCAAAGCCCAGCACGCAGGCGUCGUAGUCCGCAUGGUGACAGGCGACAACAUCGUCACGGCGAGAGCCAUUGCCGCCGAGUGUGGGAUCUACACCCAAGGCGGCGUCGUCAUGGAAGGUCCCGUCUUUCGAAAGCUCAACAACGCGGACAUGAAGGCCGUGCUUCCCGAGCUACAGGUGCUCGCCCGGUCAUCUCCAGAAGACAAGCGGGUUCUAGUCACCAAGCUCAAGGAGCUCGGCGAGACGGUUGCAGUGACGGGCGAUGGAACCAACGACGCACCAGCCCUAAAGGCAGCCGACGUCGGCUUCUCAAUGGGCAUCUCGGGCACAGAAGUCGCCAAGGAGGCGUCCGCCAUUGUCCUCAUGGACGACAACUUCACGUCCAUUGUAACAGCCCUGAAAUGGGGAAGAGCCGUCAACGACGCCGUCCAGAAGUUCCUCCAGUUCCAAAUCACGGUCAACAUCACCGCCGUUGUCCUCGCCUUCACCACGGCCGUCUACGACCCAGACAUGAAGUCUGUUCUCAAAGCCGUCCAGCUCCUCUGGGUCAAUCUCAUCAUGGACACCUUUGCCGCCCUGGCGCUGGCCACGGAUCCCCCAACCGACAAGAUCCUCGACCGUCCGCCCCAGGGCAAAAAGGCACCUCUCAUCACCACAAACAUGUGGAAAAUGAUCAUCGGCCAGUCUAUAUUCCAACUCGCCGCCACAUUCACCCUGUACUUUGCCGGCGGCAGCAUCCUCAACUACGACCUCGACGACGCCCAGGUCCGCCUGCAGCUCGACACCCUCAUCUUCAACACCUUUGUCUGGAUGCAGAUAUUCAACGAAUUCAACAGCCGCCGCCUCGACAACAAGUUCAACAUCUUUGAGGGCAUCCACCGCAACUACUUCUUCAUCCUGAUUAACAUUCUCAUGGUCGGCCUGCAAGUAGCCAUCAUAUUCGUCGGCGGCAGCCCCUUCGCCAUCAGCCCCGGCGGGUUGAACAGCCAGCAGUGGGCCAUCUCGGUCGUUGUGGCAAGCAUGUGUCUCCCCUGGGCCGUCUUGGUGCGCCUGUUCCCGGACGAGUGGUUUGGCCUGGUUGCCGGCGUCGUUGGCAACCCUUUUGUCAUAGUGUAUCGUGCUUUGGGGCGCGUGUGGGCGAGGCUCGUCGGCGGUUUGAAGAGGUCAAAGAGAGGCGAUGGGACGGAAAGGGAAGAGAGCCGCGUGGAGGGCAAUGCUUCUGGCCGGGGGUAA